UAAUGUUUCUACAUGCAAGAUUUGUCUGUCAUUUUCGAAGCAGACGCGAAAGAAUCGAGCGCUUCGCCUCAGAGCGGCGAUUUAUGAUGAGGUGUUAAGUCCCUCGAUGCCGGGCACACCUCACCCCUCGACAUCGAGGGCUCGAUCCGCUUCUACACCACGUACGAAGUCGAAAACUUCUACGUCAACGCGUCCGGGAUCACCGCAUUCGAAGUCCAAAUCCUCGACUUCGAAGGACUCCGGACCCUCGACACUGAAAACAGUCUCGACAUCGAGCAGCCGUGAAUGCCAGGUUCCCUCGACCUCUGGCAGUGAUCCCGAUGCCGAUGAUGCCGCGACGGCAUCGACAACGAAACGUCGCAGAAUGAUCGAUCUGAUGAGAGACACAACACCAUCACCCCCGUCUGCUCGACACCGACCAUCUUCAACACCAGCCCACCCUUCGACGCCAAGACCGUCGACGCCGAGUGUUUCGGCACCGAGAGCAAGAUCCCUCUCGCCUGCUCCAACACCGGUUCCCUCGUCCCCGCCUUCGACACCGACGGCUCCGGGACCCAGCUCUGCUCUAUCACUACACACACCACUGCUUACGACGUCCAGUCAUGUCACUCCUCGAUAUCGAUCUCCACCUCCAACCUUCGAUAUCGAAGGGGAUCCUCAAGACGCCGAAAUAGGCCUGCAUCCAUCUACAACUCAGUCGCUCUUGUCGCUUUUGGACUCCACAGUGAGCACGCCUUCACAGGCCACGUUUAGAGGCUUCCCAGCAUCUGAAGAGGAGCCGCGACCAACUUCAGCUCCUCCUGCACACCCGGGUUCUUCACUCUCUGCGGCCCAGUUGCAAAGCCCUCUACCCUGGCACACCUGUGGAUUCACCCAUACGCCUCCACCGCAUGUACCUGGUUCGGGUCCAGCAGUCUCAACCAGUUCCCAAGCUUCCUUACCAACUGGAACCUGGGAACCACGGUCAUCUCUACCUGCAACAUUGUUUUUACGCACCAUAUCUGCGUCCACUAACAGUCCCUCAAUAGCGACCAGACACUCAUCAACACAGACAUCCAAGGUUGUUACUUCUGACUCCUGUGUGCAGACACAGCCGCCAUUAACCCGUGCCAUGGCAACUCAGACGACAUCCCUGCCGUCACCUCCUACACCUUCAGAGCGAUCCCAUGGAACAGCGCCAACUUCCCCGGCAGCCUCGCCUUCCGAACACUACAGCUCAUCAGACUUUGAGUCGGACCCCGAGCGGGAGGAGACCAUCAUUGAACCCCCCACGGAUGUGGCACCAACGGUGUAUGUGUCACCCAAUGAAGAAAUGAAAGCAUACCACCGUCACGUUCGUGCCAUGGCAGACGCCUUAGGUCUAGAUCUUCGUUCUGCACUGACCACUAUAGACAACCCCGUCUACAACUUUAUGUUAAAAUCUCAAUCGACGGCCCCGGUGGCCCUACCGAUGCUCCCUGUAAUCACAAGGGCGGCCAAAUGUGCUUGAG